AUGGCAGGCUGUCUUCUAUCUUCCUGUCAGGUCACUGUUCACCGUCGUUGCAGCUUUUUCAACAAGAACGGCGAGAGCAAGCCCCAUUUUCAGAUCUCAAGGAAAAUGAAAUUUGAAAUCGAACUUGGAGCAUUCAUUUCCAGACCCGUUCUCCAUGGUAACACCAUAAACGCGAAGAUUGCGGCAGACCAUAUCUUCGUUUACCUGCUACACAACGACUGGUCGGCGCGAGAUAUUCAAGCGUAUGAGAUGCCUCCACUCGGACCUGUACACGCCAAAGGAUUCAUUACGACAAUCUCGCCGUGGAUUAUAAAAAUGAUUGCAUAUCAAUCAUCACCUGGAUGGGGCCUAAACACGGGAGAUCUUACAGGCAGUGGCACGAUCUCGUCUCCGGCGCCUGAAGUGAAAAAGGGAUUGGGGACGUAUGGCUGCUUGUUGGAAGUGGUCGCUCAAAAGCAUAAAUUGCCUGCAGUCGGAGGAAAACCUAUGUCAUGGCUCGAGGAUGGAGACAGACUCACAAUUGAAGGUUUCUUUACAACAGCAGAUGGUAGCAAAGGAGGGUUUGGUGGAUUGUCGAGUGUCGUCGUGUCGGGACCUUCGUGA